CAAGUUCUAUAUAUGAUCCUGCUCCUUCUGGAAACAUUUCAUCUGCCACAAGAGUCGGCUUCAUGAUUAAUAACAAAAAUCACUCUUCUCCUUUUAUUUACAAAAAAGACAACAAAUUCUAAGAAAUGGGUUAAUGGCUCCUGACACUUAAAAACGAAUAAACUGCCAUCUGAUGGAAUUUAUACUAUUUAUAAUUCUAACCUUAUAUUAUACUUCAUGAAAAUAUAAUAUAUAUACUAAUUGUUAUAUUUAACGAUUGAAUAAAUUUUACACUUAAUAAAUAAAUAAAAUAAUACAAUAAUUGAACAAUUCUAUCCAACUAGUUCUUUAUGAUUCAUACAACUCGUGUAAAUUUGUACCAAUUCAUGAUAGAACGUUUCUAGUUAUAUAUAUAUAUAAGUACAUAUAUAUGUUAUGUGCCCGGUGCAGUGCAUGCUCUCACAUGAGUUUUUAAUUUGAAAUACAAAAUAUAAUAUAUAAAAAUUAUAAUUAUUAUUAUUUGUAAUCUGUAAUAAUGCGAUGGUCAAUUCCAAAACCAGUUUAUUAUGCAUCAAUAAUUGCAACAACAGUUGGUACAAGCUACCUGAUAAAAGAUCAUUUAGGUGGGAAAAAAUAUGAAGGACAAGAAGAUUUAAAAGAUAAAGUUGUAAUUGUUACUGGUGCGAGCUCCGGUAUUGGUAAAGAAACAGCUCGUGAAUUAGCUGCAAGAAAUGCAAAAGUUAUCCUAGCUUGUAGAGAUAAAGAUAGAUGUGAAGAGGCACGCAGAGAAAUCGUUGUUGAAACCAAAAAUAAACAUGUUUAUUGUAGAAAAUGUGACUUGGCAUCCCAAGAAAAUAUACGACACUUUGUUAAUCGAUUUAAAAAAGAAAAUUCUAAACUUCAUAUACUUAUUAACAAUGGUGGUGUAAUGCGAUGUCCGAAAAGUUAUACCAAAGAAGGUAUAGAAAUGCAGUUGGGUGUAAAUCAUAUGGGACACUUUUUACUUACAAACUUAUUAUUAGACGUUUUAAAAGAAUCAGCACCAUCAAGAAUUAUAAAUGUUUCAAGUAAUGCACAUUUAAAAGCAAAACUUAAAGUCAAAGAUUUAAAUAGUAUGGAAAAGUAUGAUCCUUCUGAAGCGUAUGGACAAAGUAAAUUAGCCAAUGUUCUAUUUACAAAAGAAUUAGCAAAUAAACUAAAAGGAACACAAGUCACAGUUAAUGCAGUUCAUCCAGGGACUGUUGAUACAGAAAUAACAAGACAUAUGACAGUAUUUAAAGUUCUUUUCUUAAGAUAUUUAAUUAAACCAUUUAUAUGGCCAUUUAUAAAGUCACCUAAACAAGGAGCACAAUCUGUUUUAUAUGUUGCAUUAGAUCCUAGCCUUGAAAAUGUCACGGGUUCUUAUUUCAGUAAUAACGAAAUUUCUGACAUAUCUGAUGAAGCUAAAGAUGAUAAAUUGUCAAGAUGGUUAUGGUUAGUUAGUGAAAAAUGGACAAAGUUAAAUGUCACUUAAGACUGUUUAUUACCUUUUACUCGAAGAAUAUGUAACUUUAACAACAGAUAUGGACAAAAUAUGAACUUAAAGCGCUACAAGGAAACCCCUAUAAAAUAUCAGUGUUCAAGCUUAUAAGUUAUCCCCUUUUACAUUAAUUUAGAAUGUAAUAUAAUUCUGAUUGACGACAUCCUACAAAAAGAGUAAUAAAUAAUAAUAUUAGCAACAUAUAGUAAUUAAUAUAUACAUUUUCAGUGAAAAAAUAAACAAAAUUUUAUCGAUGAACUCAUGAAUGUUUUGUAAUAAAUAAUUACAAUUUACAUCUACGAAUUAAUACCUCACAACCUAAUCCAACACGGUGCUUUUUUUAAAAAUGAUACUGAUGUUUAAAUAAUAGUUUAUUGUAUUAUACGGACGCGGAAUAUUGUUUGAGUAAUUGUUAAUUAACCGAGAUUAUUUUUUUUUUAGUGAGGAUUGCCAAAUAUUCUUUAUUUCGGUUAAAAUGUUAAUGCUCAAAUAGCAUAAAUCUGUAUGUUAUCAUAUAAAUAUAAUUUUUUAAAAAACGAUUUUCAUUGAAAUUACGCUCAAAAAGUAAUGUUAAAAUUGCCUUGAGGGGUUAGGGAUAAUCAGAAUUUUCAAAAAAUCAACUUUUUUGCAUUUUCUUGUAGUAUAAUUUUUCAAAAAUAUUCUCUGCAAAUUUCAAGUUAAUUAAAUUAAUAGUUUUCUAAGUAUCCAGUACGGAGGGUAGAGGUAAGGAGUAAUAUCUCUUAUGGGAGAAAAUGUGAAAAAAGUGUCCAGGGUUUUCUAUAAAUAAUAGUUCAAAAACCUUCCAAAAUGGCGCUGGUAAACUUAGAAGGUAUGGUAUGAAUGUAGCAAUUGUAAACGAAUUGAAGUAUGUCGAGUUAUGUAAUAAUGUAGUAAAUAUAACCU